AUGGCGCAGUGGGCUGGCGAGCAGCAGGACUGGGAAACAGUAGAGGAGUUGGCAGUUCAACCAUUUGUCCACCAAACUGAAAAACGAAUCUGCUGUACGUUAAUUUCCAGUGACAAGCACCUUGACCUUCAAACUCAGAAGAAAAAUGCCACUCAGCUGGAAGUCUUCAAAGCUUCUCGAGAUAGUAGAAAGCAUCCCAGCUUUGGAGAAGUACUUAAAGCUGUCAUUUGCAUUCUAAGAUACAUGAGAAGGUGGUUUGAACACAGGGCAUUCAAGAUAGUAAAGAUUAAGUGUGGAGCUGGUGUUUUGGAUCCUUCUCCACCACUUUAGUAUUUUGAAUUAGAGGAAUGGAUAGACAAGAAAAAAUUUUAUGAAACAAUGUUUUCCCAGAGAGACAUUGACAAAAAGAUGGAGAGAAAUGAUCUUGCUGAAUUUUUGAGGUAGUGUGGAUACAUCAUUCCCGCCAACAUCUGCCUCCAGGUUCUCCAAUGUGUAAGGCCAGCUUCAACUGCUGAUGUAAGAAGCAUCAAAAAGCAUCAAGCAUUUGAAAUUACUUUCACAUUAUUUCCUUUUCUUGCUGCAAAGCUGAAGAACCUGAUUACAGUGCUGCUACCAUAGCAUAUUGGUCUGUUCAAUUUUGAUUGCAACAUUGACAAAAAUAGUGGAGGAGACAAGAACAGAUCUUCAAACGAGAUUAUGAUGCAUACAGUAAGAUCUGCAUCUGGAGGCUUUCGAGCUUUUCUGCGCAGUUGA